UUCCCCGGCAGUAGCAAAGCGACAGAGAGCGCCAUCCGCGGGCCCUUGCGGCGCCCAGGCCUAGCUGCGCGCGCCCCGCUCGCCCUCGGAGUCGGCCAAAGACGCCGCCGGUGGAGGCGUGAGGCGACGACGGGCCGGCGCCGCGAGCAGUGUUAGCCGCCGCGGCCUUCGGCCCUCCCUCCGCCUCCUUCUCCGCCCCCCCUCGCUUUCCUCCUCCCACUUCCCGAGCUCCGGCGUGUCCCGGCCACGCUCGGUGCUGCUGCGGGAACAAAGGAAGACCCCGCGGCGGCGGCGCCACCUCCGCCUGCGGCUCUGACCCGCUCCCGGCCCGCGGCGGCGGCGAAUUCAGGGCUUCCGGCUCGCCCCUCCCUGAGGGCUCGGCCCGGUCCCACCGCGCCGGCGUCGCGCGCCAGCCCGGUUCCUGCCGCCGAAGGCAGAAAAAUGGCUCAGGAGACUAACCAGACCCCAGGGCCCAUGCUGUGUAGUACAGGAUGUGGCUUUUAUGGGUAUCCUAGGACAAAUGGAAUGUGUUCUGUUUGCUACAAAGAACAUCUUCAGAGGCAGCAAAAUAGUGGCAGAAUGAGCCCAAUGGGGACAGCUAGUGGUUCCAACAGUCCUACCUCAGAUUCUGCAUCUGUACAAAGAGCAGACGCUAGUUUAAACAACUGUGAAGGUGCUGCUGGCAGCACAUCUGAAAAAUCAAGAAAUGUGCCUGUGGCUGCCUUGCCUGUAACUCAGCAAAUGACAGAAAUGAGCAUUUCAAGAGAGGACAAAAUAACUACCCCGAAAACAGAGGUGUCAGAGCCAGUUGUCACUCAGCCCAGUCCAUCAGUUUCUCAGCCCAGUACUUCUCAAAGUGAAGAAAAAGCCCCUGAGUUGCCCAAACCAAAGAAGAACAGAUGUUUCAUGUGCAGAAAGAAAGUUGGCCUUACAGGGUUUGACUGCCGGUGUGGAAAUUUGUUUUGUGGACUUCACCGUUACUCUGACAAGCACAACUGUCCAUAUGAUUACAAAGCAGAAGCUGCAGCAAAAAUCAGAAAAGAGAAUCCAGUUGUUGUGGCUGAAAAAAUCCAGAGAAUAUAAAUUGCUACUUGUGAGAGACUGAUAACUUUGUUUUUAUUUUAAUAUAUCGUAGGAAAACAUUAAAGAGCAGAUGCAUGGCCA